AUGAGGUCAAAGCAAGCCACCCUCCGGUCAAGCGCCGUCUCCCUCUUCCUCGCCGCCACAAUCUUCUUCCCCAACAUCGCACUCGCAAGCCUCCAGCCCUUCAUCCCCGCCGAGACUGCCGCCGCCGCCGCCGCCCCCGUCCUCCGCAGUCCGCUGAAGCGACAGACGGCGGGCUGCAUCGCCAACACCUUCUCGUGCGCCUCGCAGGGCGCCGCCUUCGCCAACAUCUGCUGCGCGAACGGGCAGGUGUGCGCGCUCGACGCCAGCAACCAGCCGGCGUGCUGCCCGUCCGGGGCCGUGUGCACCGGGACCGCGCCGGCGUCGUACGUGCCGCCGUCCACCGCCACCGCCGCCGCCAGCGUCUCGUACGUCGCCAACUCGUACUUCUCCUUCCCCUACAUCCCGACCAGCUUCGGCGACCGCGCCGCCUGCACGAGCGCCGUCAGCCAGUGCAGCGCCAACUACGCGGCGUGCACCAGCGACCUGCAGGGGGCCAACGCCGGCGCCGGCGCCGGCUACGGCGUCACCAUCAUCGUGCCCGGCGGCGGCGGCACCACGGUCGCCGGCGCCACGCAGGUGAGCCUGGCCCCGACGAGCGCGAGCAGCAUCUGCAGCAGCCUGAGCAGCGUGGCGUGUUUUGGCCUGCAGAGCAGCCAGUGCACGCAGUCCGGGACGACCAACGGCUUCGUCGUGGGCGGGAGCGGCAACAUUGCGCGGCCGACGGCCAUGCCGUGUGUCGGCGUGGUGGGUGCCGUGGCGGCGGGCGUAGGGCUGGGGGUGAUGGGUAUAUAA